AUGUCAACCAAAUCUAUUGUUUUAUUUGUUUUAUUAGCAGUUGCAAUUGUCUCUGGUGCACAUCAAUCAUGUGUUAAGAGAGUAAAUGCACCAACCUCAAUUAUUAAAUCACAACUCCCAAGUGAAUAUAUCGAUGAAGAUACUUUACCAACUCAAUAUGAUUGGAGAAAUAUUUCAGGUUCAUCAUACAUCACUAUUACCCGUAAUCAACAUUUACCACAAUAUUGCGGUAGUUGUUGGGCUCAUGGUACCACAUCAGCUUUAGGUGAUCGUAUUAAAAUCGGUCGUAAAGGUACUUUCCCAGAAGUUGUUCUUGCCCCACAAGUUUUAUUAAACUGUGCUGGUCCAGAUAAUACCUGUGAUGGUGGUGAUCCAACUGAAGCAUACGCCUAUAUGGCCGCUAAAGGUAUCACUGAUGAAACUUGUGCUCCAUAUGAAGCAAUUGAUAAUGAAUGUAAUGCUGAAGGUAUUUGCAAAAACUGUAACUUUGAUUUAUCAAACCCAACUGCUGAUUGUUUCGCUCAACCAACUUAUACUACUUAUUUCGUUGAAGAACACGGUCAAGUUAAUGGCUCAGUUGCUAUGAUGCAAGAAAUUUUCGCUCGUGGUCCAAUUGCCUGUGGUAUGGAAGUUACUGAUGCAUUCGAAUCAUACACAAGUGGUGUUUUCACCUCAUCAGUUGGUUCAACUGGUGAAAUUAAUCACGAAAUCUCAAUCAUUGGUUGGGGUACUGAAAAUGGUGUUGACUAUUGGAUUGGUCGUAACUCAUGGGGUACAUAUUUUGGUGAAUUAGGUUUCUUUAGAAUUCAACGUGGUAUUGAUCUUUUAUCAAUUGAAAGUGCUUGCGAUUGGGCUGUUCCAAAGAACUUAGAAUAA